AGUGUUGGGUAAAAAACAAUGGCAAUGGAGUCAAAUUUAUUUUUGGUUUUUCUGUUGUCAUUUUUUUUAUAUAAAAAUGCAAAAGCGGAAAUUAGUGGACUUUUGCUAGAAGAGCAACAGGAUAUGGACAUGGAGUUGCCGCCACACAUCAAUGGCAAGGAAUUUCCAGCAAUACCACAAAACUCUUUGCUAACGCAUCCCAGAUUAAAGUGUUACGCCUGUGAGCCGCCCUGUCUCAAUCCCAAUGAGCACGCCCACACAUGCCAGAAUGCCGUACAGUGCUGGAAAUCUCGAACGCGCGAUGCCGACGGCGAGGAGAAAGUCUCGCGCGGCUGCACCACGGCGCCAGAUCAAUUGCCCUUAAUUUGCAAUCAGAAUGUGCGCAAUAAGUUGAACGGACCCUCGAAGCGGAACACGGCGAAAUUUGUGAAUGUUGUGUGCUGUGCCAGCGAUUUUUGCAAUGACGGCGAGUUCCCCGAGCUACCACCAUUUGUCAGCAGCGAUGUGGCCACGGUGAUCACCGCCGACAGCAGUAACAUUAGCAAAAUGACCGCCGCUAUCCUGGGUCCAUUUCUGAUAAUUAUGGUUAUGGGCGCGGUGGCCGUUUAUUUUAUGCGACGCAGCCAUCGCAAACGGUUGGCGGCAACGCGCAUUAAACAAGAUCCCGAAUCAUAUUUGGUUAAUGAUGAGCUGCUGCGCGGCACCAGCGCCGGCGACAGCACCUUGCGCGAAUAUCUGCAGCAUUCGGUGACUUCAGGUUCCGGCAGCGGUUUACCUCUGCUCGUACAACGUACCCUGGCCAAACAGGUGACGCUCAUCGAGUGCAUUGGCCGUGGCAAAUACGGCGAAGUGUGGCGCGGCCAUUGGCACGGUGAGAGUAUUGCCGUCAAAAUAUUCUUCAGUCGUGACGAGGAGUCCUGGAAGCGCGAAACGGAAAUCUACAGCACCGUGCUGCUUCGUCACGAGAACAUACUUGGCUUCAUUGGCUCCGAUAUGACAUCACGGAACUCGUGCACGCAGCUGUGGCUAAUGACCCACUACUAUCCGCAGGGUUCGCUCUUUGAUCAUCUCAAUCGGAAUGCUCUUAGCCACAACGAUAUGAUCUGGAUCUGUCUGUCAAUUGCCAAUGGGCUGGUGCAUCUGCACACCGAGAUCUUUGGCACCGAGGGCAAGCCCGCAAUGGCGCAUCGGGAUCUGAAGUCAAAGAACAUAUUGGUCACAUCGAAUGGCACUUGUGUCAUAGCCGAUUUUGGUUUGGCCGUUACACACUCCCAUGUCACAGGGCAACUCGAUUUGGGCCAUAAUCCCAAAGUGGGCACCAAGCGUUAUAUGGCACCCGAGGUCCUCGAUGAAAGCAUUGACAUGGAAUGCUUUGAGGCAUUGCGCCGAACUGAUAUCUACGCCUUUGGCCUGGUGCUGUGGGAGGUGUGUCGCCGCACCAUUUCGUGUGGCAUUGCCGAGGAGUACAAGGUGCCCUACUACGAUGUGGUGCCAAUGGAUCCCAGCUUCGAGGAUAUGCGCAAAGUGGUCUGCAUUGACAACUAUCGACCAUCCAUACCUAAUCGCUGGAGCUCAGAUUCGCUCCUUGCCGGCAUGUCUAAGCUAAUGAGGGAGUGCUGGCAUCAGAAUCCGAACGUUCGUUUGCCAGCGCUGCGCAUUAAAAAGACUAUACAUAAGUUAGCUUCCGUUGACGAGAAGAUACGUUUAGACUUUGAUGAGGUGUGCGUUUAGUAGCUUUUAAGUAGUUGACUUAAGUAUACUAUUAAUUAGUAUAAGCGACAUUAGUUGAGUUCAUUUUGCUAGCAGCUAAGUUUCAUCAUACAUACACAUACAUAUAUAUUAUUGAAGUUAUUUUUAUAUAUUUUUCAUAUUUCAUUAGUCUGUACAUGGUCUGCAUUAAUCGAGAUUUAGUUUUGUGCCUUCGAAAUUGCCUUAAAUGUAAAUCGAUCUUGACUAGAAGUAUCAUCUAAAUAAGUUAUUAUCAUCAACCUGCGCAUCUGGAUGCUGCUCCCAGAGAGAGAGUUUUAAAGAAUCAUUUUUGUUUUUCAUUUCAAGUGCCAUUACAAUUAAGAAUUGGUAAAAACCACAACAAACACAUUUUUACAUUACACUUAAGCUCACUUUUUACACCUACACCCAACCCCAAACACCUAUUCACAUACACACACACACACCACACACACACGCAGCCAAUGAAAAUUAAACAGCUAUCAAGCAGCUAAAGAGAGAGUAUUGAUAUGUAGAGUUAUUAAGAACAAACGACACUCAAACAACACACUCACAUAUAUAUAUAUAGAGCAGAGCACCUAGUUAAGAGCAUAUGCCUGUACAUGAUCAGUUCCCAACUACAUAUAGAAGAUACGAUUACGAGUAUACUUUUUGUAUAUUGUACAAAUGCGCGCUAAUUAAGUUGUAUAUGUAGUUUACAAAUGACUAAGAUACUAUCAACAAAUAAAAUACACUUUCUAAUUGUUAAGUAAA